GAACUCAUAUCCAUUUUAGUGCGAGCGACAGACUUUCUCGACAGGCUCUCGGUGAAUGACUGAGUAUAAACGCGCGUUCACAGCUAGAGCCGUUAAAUCGCCAUUGAUGUCGCUCUCGUCUGUCUGUGCGACUGAAUUAAAUGGUUGAACAUCGCAUUUCUGUGCUCAAUAAAAACGUUGAAAUCCGUAAUGAUAAUCAGCUCAGACGAUAUCAUAGAUACUCUCGACAAAAACCGUUAUCUAAAAGACACAGCCUGCGGUUUCUUUGUGGCGGCGGCCUGCCAGCGUUCCAUUCAUAGCGAGCCAAUCACAUCGAAACUUACUGGAGUCCUCCGUCCAAUGGCGGGGCUGUUUGUUGUUUGGCCCUGUUUCGACCGCGGACAGACAGAAGCAAGUGGACCGGUUUGAGCUAAGCUAAUUCAGUGAUAUGUUAGCCAGUCAUUUUAGACUUUUGCAUCCAUUCUGUUCAGGUAAAACGCGCGCAUGUGUUUACAAAAAAUAAAAUCUACACGCUGGUGAUUUUAUGAUCGGGCUAAGAAGUCAGGUAGAGUAUUUGUUUGGGUUAACCGCUCCUGUCCCGCUAGCUGAUUUGGCGGUAGGCGCCACUAGUGUUUGACAACAGCGCUUUUCAGUCACGUUCCCGUUGUUGUUGUUUUCGUUAGCUGCGAAGCGACCGCGCUAAUUUUUCGUCAGGUGUAUCAAUAGAAAAGAAAGCAAAAUUAAAUAAAGUGAAACAUGGCAGAAUUUCUCGAAGAUCCGUCAGUCCUCACAAAAGACAAGCUGAAGAAUGAGCUCACAGCCAACAAUGUGCCACUUCCCAGCGGAGAGCAUAAGAAAGAAGUGUAUGUGCAGCUGUAUCUGAAGAACUUAACCAUACUGAACAACAAGAAGAGUCCGCCUGCAGACACUUUCUCCAGCGAUGAGGACCUACCUGCUCCCGUGGUUUCCAACAAAAGUCGCUCAGGAAGAGUAAGUCUGACUGUUUCUUUUGUGAAUUUAAGUCUCUGGGCUACUGUGAAAUAUUAAUGUGAUCAUCUGUGAGGGAAAAUGAGUCUAUACCACAUUCUGACUGGUAACUUAAAUGUUUAUGCAGAAAGCAACAAAAAAGACAGACAAGCCUCGCUUGGAGGAAGUGGAGGUGACAGAACUCACAGAUGAAGAUCUGAAACAACAGCUGGCCAAGCAUGGAGUAGACUCUGGACCCAUAGUUGGUGAGAAAAUACACAAACACAUCUGACUUGUGUAGUAGCACUAUAAUAAAUGCAUCUCUGGGUUGACAAUCUUAUCCAGUGUAGUUAAAGUAAUAUUCCUUAACAUUUUAAUGUCAACAAUAUAAACUAACAUGUGCCUUUAGCUUAAGAAUAUCUGCUUUGUUGUUCAGUCCAUUUUAUUUUGUGUCUUAUUGUAAAUCUGAAGUGUUGAAUUUCAUAUUUCCAUUUUUGUUCCUUUCUUCAGCCUCAACCCGUAAAGUGUAUGAGAAGAAGCUUCAGAAGCUCCUGGACCAGCCCCCAACUGAACCUGAAACUCCUACAGAUGUCACAACUCUCCCCAAGACAGAUAGUAACCAGAAUGGCAACACAAAUUCUGACCAGUACAGUGACAAAGAAGAUGGUGAGUGUUGACUACAUUCCUGUUUGUUUGUUUUUUCUUUCCAAAGUUGCACAUCACGUUGAGACAAACAUGGCCUUAUUAUGUGUUAUUUUUGAGAAAUGUGUACUUUUCUUUUGAACUGCUUGCAAAAGAUCACUUAUGAAAUUUUAAAGAAGUGCUAGUACAAUUUCAGAGCUACACUGAUGUUUUUGCAUUGUCUUUGGUAUUCAGAGGAGAUUGCUGCCCCUGAGCCAGAGCCAGUUCCUGUGGUAGAGAAGCCUGUGAGGAGCAGGAGCAAAGCCCCAGUAACUGUCAGAACCAGCAGCCGACGACAGGUUAAGGUCGGGCACAUUUUACUGUUCACAACUAUUGAGAUAUGUGUAUUUUUCUACUUUGUGUCAACAUAUUGUGUUCUCACAUGGACAGGUUGUGGAGGAAGUCAUUACUGAAGAAACCCCAAAGAAAGCCAGUGAGAGUGUUGUUGAAGAUAUCCUUGCCAAUGAAAUAAGCACACCAACAGGCAUCAGGUAACAACUAAUGAUGGUUUAUAGUUUAUGCUCCAUAGUAGUUUAGCGGUCGGUGACUGAAGCUCAUGAAGGUUCUGUCUUUGACAUCAGAUGUUGAGAUAAUCAUCAUGAAAUCUGGCCAGAUGUUAUGCACAGGGGAAAACCUACAGCGGCAGUUCAGAUCACUUGAAAAGCUGCUGUUUACAGCUCCUGUUUACUAAGAGUUUGAUUUCUUUGUUUACUCUGGCCAGUGCAACAUGCAGGCGCCCCAUCCGAGGUGCAGCUGGUCGUCCCCUGAAACCAAGCGACUACUGGUUGGAUGAGUCCCGUGUGCAGCACACCAUCCUCACGGAGAGCCGCUCUUACUCGGAGUCUUUGUCCAGAGUAGGAAGUACAGCCUCUUCAAGCAAAGCGCCGGCACGACGAGGCUUCCUGUCUGUAAUGCUCAAGCUCCUGCUCCUUGUUGUGGUGGGUGGUUCUCUGUAUUACGCCUAUCAGAACCUGGAUGCAGAUCAGCUCAACACCCUCAAAGGUCUCUGUGACAGCGUCAUCAUCCCCCUUCGAGGCCUUGUAAACGACGCAGCCACCUACCUGGGCAUCGGCGGCAGCGCUGCCACAGAGAACACUGGCGAGUAAAAGGCUCUCUGCAGUCUGUUGCCACCCCACCUCCCUGCAGCCUGCCACAGCACACCACAACUCAAGCAGUAAACUUGGCUCACUUCUGCUUUUUACCUACAUGGUCGGACAAAGUAUAAAGAUUUAAUUGGAACGAUAAACUUUUUCUUCUCUGGGCUCAGGCGUCUCUCCCACCUGAAGAGGAAACAGUAGCGUCAGGAUAACACUGUUUUGUGGCAGUCAGAAGAGACUCAUUUUAAUGUUGAUUUUAUUCUGUGCAUUAUUCGUGUCAUUGUGUGUAUUUAACCCAUGUGUGUAGAAACAAGUGCAGAAAGGGAGGACCGUUAUCCAUGCAUGGUUGUAGUUUAUGAAGGUUAAACUGUAGUUUCUAACUCCGUGCCAGGUGUUUUUCAGACUGUGAAGUGCCUGGACACUGUUAGCAGGUAGAGCCCUCCCUUUUGAAGCACACGGCAGUGCUUCCACUAAUACCAGAAUGUCAUCAAGUGUUUCUAUACGCAUUUAAACAUUUGCUCCAUAGCUGUAGUUAGAGUGAAUCAUCAUUUCUCUGGUGCUCAGGUUCAUUCAGUGCAGAAUUUUUCAUGUGGUCGAAGCCGGUAGGAGACACGUGGUUGUAAACAGGUGACAUCACUGCAUGAAGAAAAACCACCCCCACUUUGGGUUAAAAAACCUUUUCAUUGGCCGAUCACUGCUUCACUCAUUCGAGGCCAAUGCGUGGCUCUUUGACGACCAAAAUGAUCACUUCUGGUCACUCUAUAUUGUUAUCAUGAUUUAUAUUGUUAGUGGGUUGAGAAUUGAAAAUUGACUGUACUUUUCAGUUAUUUUACCAGAAUCAUCAAUUUAAUGGUAAACCUGUUUAACAUGAUCUAUCAUUAAUUUAAAAGUCACUCCAGAAGAAGCUGGUACUACAGUGUUCAAUCAUUUAUUAUUGUUACAGCCCUGCCAGUGUGCCCAUUUGAGUUUACAUGCUUUGAGUUUUUGUGCUCUGUUGUGCUUUUGUUUUUUAAUUAGAUUUCUGAUCCUUCAGUCCUAUUUACAGGAUUGGCUGAUGCAGUGCACCCACAUAGCCCACCUCACUGGCUCGAUGUGUCCAGACGUGGCAGAUCUGCAGAGAGCACAGGUUUAAUGUUAAUCUUUAAAUAACAGUUGAAAUUUAUUUUUAAAACUUUAGACUAUUUCUGCCUGUGAAAAUUACCACAAUUUAGACACUGUAGGUUACUCUGAAGAUGGUCAUUGAUAUGAAAAGCUAGAUGUUAGCAUUCACACGAGGUGAUGUGGGGGGGUGGGAAGAUUUCUUGGGCAUAUUUUGUUUCUAUUUUGAUAUUUUUCUAAAGUGGUGUGUUCAACUUUUUAUAGCACAUAUUAAAGUUAUUUGAAAGCAAUAUGUGAUACAUGCAAAUGAUACUGUACUCUUAAUCUGAACUUUUAACUGACUUAAUACAAGUGAUUCAUCACCAGGCAGCUCUCCCACAAUGGACAGAAAUGACAGGGGUUAUGUGGGUAAGGAUUUUUAAUCUGUUUAUUUAUGAUAAUGUAGGCAGUGUAUCAUAAAAUAAACUUGGUUGUUGCCACA